ACACGGCAUAAAAAAAGCAGAUAAAGAGAUGAGAUUUUAUAGAAGGCACAAAAAGAGCACACCAUAACAACCAGGUGAAGGAAAAACAAAGAGAGAAGGUCAGCCAAAAACCGCUCAAGAGAAGAGAAACAGAGAUAAGCUAGAGAAAGAGCGCACCAUUUAUCUGAUGCGGUGCUCCUUGUUUGUUGUCUUCUAGAUAACAUUCCUUUGUGGAAAUCAGAUACUUCUUAUUGUAGCCGGCGAUUAUGGUGGAUAGAAACAGAGAAGGUAGAAGACCAUCCAACAUGGCAGCCUCUAACGGACUAUCAAGGCGGCGACAGCAGAGAGCUACAAGAGAUUCUCCUGAGGAGGAUGGACAAAUAGAGUUACAAGAGACGGCGAGGCUGAGAGAGAGAGGAGGGGGUAAAAAGGAAAGAGAUCGAGAAUUAUCGAGUAGGAAUAAGCGUAGUAGAAGAGGAGGAGGAGGAGAUAGGGUACCACAAGGAAGUAAUAAGGAGGAAGGAGAAGAAACAACAGAAGAACGCAUCGGUUACGAAGAUGAGUAUGAAAUUGAAGAUGGCGGAGUUUCUCGGUUGCGGCCGCCGCCAAGAGCUGUAAAACAAGUUGCUGGUUUUAGAGUGCCUGCAGAUGAAAUGAUUGGUGUCUCUGUACCGAGAAAGGCUCGGUCAGCUUCUGUGAAGAGGUCCCAUGAGAGUCGGGUAUCAGGAAAUGGUGGAUUUGGUAGUGAAGAUAGGCGAGCUUCGACUUCACCGGCGGCGAGUAGGAGUUUUGAGGCUGCAUCGCCUUCUUCAUCGAAUGUUUCAGUCAGAAAAAAGACGAAACCAAAUGGACCCAAGACUCGGCCUCCAAAAGUGUCGAAAUGUUCUUCUAGUUCAGUUCAGGAAGAUAUUGAAAUUGAGAUAGCAGAGGUUUUGUAUGGUUUGAAGAAGCAAUCACACGGGUCUAAGAAGGAGGAGAAGGCUGAAAAUGAUCUGCAGAAGCUUGAUUCAACGGAUGCUAACGACUCCAAGUCGUCUCCGAAUUCAAACUUUGCUCAAACAUCGAUAUUGAACCAAAAUAAUGCCGCUGCUUCUGAUUCUUUACUUGUUUUGGCAUCGAAGACGCAGAUAAUGGAUGCUGAUUCAGUUGUGGUUCAAAAUGGUUUAAUUGCUUCUGCAGUUACGUAUGAAAGGGAAGGGGAUGCAAAAAUGGAAACUUCAGCGACGAAAUCGGGAAAAACAUCGUUUUACGCAGAAUCGUCUGAGGUUUCACAUGAUAUGGGUGCUUCCAAACUUGCGUCUGGGUUAGAGUCACAGGAGGAAGCCAUUAAACAACAGGAUUCCAAACUGGCAAUUGAAGAAUCUGGGGUCUUAACUUGGGAAAAUUCUGUAUUACCAGAAGAGAAGUCGCCUGUGUGCAAUAAAGUGGAUGUUGAUUUCCAUGAUUCCUUGUUGGAAAAAUCGACUUCAACCGUGUCAAAGGUAGAGAACCAGAGAGAGGAGAAGUUCAAGAUCGAUCUGAUGGCUCCUCCUCCCAUGGCGUCUUCUCCAGAACAGGACAGCUUUGUCGAUUUGUCAUUGGAUCCUAAGCCUGCAGCCCAAGAUGUGGCAAUGAAAAUGGAAAAUGUGGUUAAGAAAGAAGAAUUGGCGGACAGUCUGGUGAAGAAGGAAGGAGUGAUUGCUGAAGAGAAGAUAAAGACAGUUGGAGAGAAGCGUGGAUUAAAAAUUGAUUUUGAGAAGCCGCAUCGCAAUGUGCAGCAGAAACUGCUACCUAAAGCUACGGUUUCUAAAGUGGAGACUACUGCGCAAUCUGGUUCAGUGCCUUCGCCAAUUGCUUUACCUGGGUGGCUGAGUAAUCUUCCAUCUCUGGGAUACAUGCCUUCCUUUCAGACGGUUGUGCCCAUGGAUGGUACUGCCGGAUCAUCCAAGGCAUUACAGCCUCCACAGUUUAUCCCUCAACCUCGGCCAAAGAGAUGUGCAACCCACCAUUAUAUUGCUUGCAAUGUUCGCUUAUACCAGCAAUUUAUGAAGAUGAACCAUUUCUGGCCAGCAACAGCUGGCUCUGCUGCUCUGUGUGGAGCCAAGCCCAAGGAUCUCAAUGCAAUGCCUUCCACGGAAAACAUGAUUAGUGGAAGCACUUUGCAAGGAAGCUUUCCAUUUGUGAAUCUAAAUCCUGCCCAGGACAAAGUGCAGGCUGUGGAAAAUAUUCCAGUUUUUACUAGAAAAGAUAGAGGCUCUGAGAGUUCUGCCUUGAUAGAUGCACAGAAGCAGCAGCUUUUGCCUCCUCAGCCUCCACAGCCAGCUCCAGCUGGUAAUCUAAUGCAUGGCCCUGCUUUCAUCUUCUCUCUCAAUCAGCAUCAAGUGUCCACAGCAACAAUGACAAGUCAAACGGGGCCUUCUAAAUCUGCUUCCUCAAUCAACAAUGCAUCAUUUCCUGGCAAUGGGAUAGCUGGACUAACAACAAACUCUUCAGCAUUGCCAGCAAUGGCUGCAGCUGUGAGCUUUAGUUACCCAAAUUUGGCAGCCAACGAUACUCCUUAUUUGACAAUUCUACCAAAUAAUGGCUAUCCAUUCUCCAUCUCCACUCCUGUUGGAAACCAACCAACAUUUAGAGGUGGAGCCCCUUCUCAAGCAUUGCCUUUCUUUAACGGGUCUUUCUACCCAUCUCAGAUGCUACAUCCAUCCCAGCUUCAGCAGCAGCAACCUCAAUCUCUAGUCCAACCAGGACAUCAAAAUGCAAGUAAUUCAAGUGGCUCAUCAUCAUCUCACAAGCAAACCCAAAGUCGGCAACCACGAGGGGCACCUGUUAGCACUGCUAAUUUUUUGACCACGACAAUGACACAGUCACAGCAGCCACUGAAGCAGCAUGUGCAAUCCCAUCACUCUAGGAAGCUUGACACUGAGAUGAGUGGGGAGAGCACCCCAAUAAUAGCUGAUACCCGAGCUGGUCACUCAAAAAAAAGUGUUAAUGGCCCUAAUUUUAUGGUUCCUGUUCGGCCAAACUUUGGUUUGAUGGCAUCUACAACUGUUGGUGGCAGUGGAAAUCAUGGUGAUAAGCAGCAGCAGCAACAUCAACUGUUGCAGGAAAAGAAUUUAAAGGGUGGAGUAGAGCUUAUCCCCUCUCAAGCAUUUGCAAUGUCAUUUGCCUCUUUCAAUGGGAGCAAGACAGCAUCAAACCUUAAUUUCUCAGCUAUGACACAAAAUCCUCCCAUCUUACAAAGCUUCCCAGACAUGACACGUCAGGGAUACCAGGUUAUAACAGCAGCUCAAGCCACACAAAAGAAGAAUCACCAGCCAUCCGAAGGGAAGUCUGGAGGUAGUUCGACCAAUCCUGAUGAUGGAAAAAAAGCUCCUUUGGGAAAGUCAAGCAGGGGUAAUGGGCAGACACUUGUUUUUGAUAAUUCAGCUCGAACUCUGAACUUUGUGUCAUCUCCUUCCAUUGGAAACUGGCCUUCUCAAUCCAUCACUGCAACCACAAGCAUUCCAAUGGCUGCCAAUUCAAGCUCCACUUCUCAGCAACAACAGUUAGUUCAGCUUCAGAAGCAUCAUAUUUUGCACCAACAGCUCCAGCAGCCUUUUGGUGCAGCGGACAGUAAAGCAUCAACAUCUAACAGCCUGCCUGUGCCUUCUAUUGGUGCCAUGUUUCCAAAUAAUGCUUCCAUUUUUUCUCAAACUCAAGCUCUGGGCAAUAGUUCUUCACAAAACCCCCAGUGGAAGAACCCAUCCAGAAUCCCUUCCUCGCAAGCACCUCUUACAUCUCUCUCUGCAACCAACACCUCGGUCCAUAAGAAUGCUUCCCAGCAACAAGGAAGAGGACCACAAGGUCAUAGCCAAAUAUCAUUUGGGUCAAGUUCCAAGUCUGCUUUGCCACCACAAGGGCAGCAAAUAUCCUCUAGUUGCCAGUCUCCAUCUAGUGGUGGCAACUCGAGAACAACUUCAAUGAGUGCCAAGGCUAAUUCAUCAAUUCCUGCUAUACAAUCACAGCAGAGUGACAACUCCUCAAGUGGGAAUGCCCAGAAGUCCUCCCCGGUUUGUGGUAGGAAUGUGCCUUCAAUCUUAAGCGCAUGCCCAAGCCACCUUUCUGAACUCAAAUACUAGAGUCAGCAGUUCAUCUAUCAGAUGUGUUCAUCAAGGAGCAGUUACUCAGACUACCAUCCGGUCUCAAUUUCGGAUGGUGCAAGGGUGAUUGUGGCCAGUUCAAAAAGGUGCUGCAACUUGCUCUGCUUCUAUCGAUGCUGCCCACUCUUGUAUUGUUGCUUUCUUGUUCAAAUCAAAGCCGUGAGAGCUGGAUUGCAGGACUAGAAGACAGUUGAUUGUCUCCCUGAAGUUGGAUGAUACGGGGGCCUUGCAUUAAAUAGGGAGGCUUCUUGAUGGGGGAACUGUCAAUUGAAGAUGUCUGCUGGCGAAUGGAUUAUAAGAGGCGAGGAAGAUUCGUUGCAUGUGAGAUUUUAUGACAAGCGUGGAAGAACUGUUCUUAUCUUGCGUGGGUGCCGGAGGUGCGCCGCCCACUUUGACUGUAGUUUGGCAAGGAUGUGAAUGAGAUGACAGGAUUAUGAAAAGGAAAGAUCGGCUCUGUCUCAGGCGUACAGUUUUUGAAGUUAUUGUAGCCGGGACCCACCAUAUCUGAACAUCACCUAGAGGCGGGCCUACCAUAUAGUCGCAACUGUGGUUGGCCGUGAUAUUAGUUGAUAGGGUCUACUUUAAUUUGAUUUGUGUAAUGUGAUGCUGAUGUGUCCAUACGAUGAUGUUUAACAUAGAAUAGAACGCGAUGUCCUCAAGGCUUGGUUAAACAUUUUGAAUCCAUUUGUGCAACGUCUGGUGAUGGACCAAGACUUGUCUGGGCAGAAGAGAACGGGUGUGGGUGCCGUGAAGAUUUGAGGUCAGAAAAAGAGCGCAGAAGUUCUUGUGAAGAAAGGUCCAAGAUAUAGCAUGGAGCUGGAAAGCAAACUGAUCUUUUUAGCCUUUUGUAUUAGCAUUUUUUUGUGCACCACAUUUAACCAAAAAUUUGCAGCUUUGAAAAUGCGUCCAUUGACAACA